AUGUCUGGCCACAAUCUGCACAAUGCACUCCUUCGUCCCCCCAUUAUUCAAAUUCUACGCGCCCAGGGAUUCCACUCAACACGACCAUCAGUCCUUGAGACUCUCUCUGACCUGACUGGCCGAUACCUCAUGAUCCUGGCCUCCGCGACAGCGUCACACGCCGCCAACGCUCACCCCGAAGAUCCUGUUCCCGUCCUCGAGGAUGUCUACCAAGCACUACUGGAUGCCGGUGCCUUGCGACCGCAGCUGAGAGAAUGGGAAGAGGACUGGGCUGGCGAAGAAGAUCUACGCGGUCUCGACUCCCUCAUCGGGUGGAUCACAGGUCCUGCCCACCGUGAGAUCCGCCGUAUCGCAGGGUUUGUGCCCAGCGAAGGUGACAUGGUGGACCCAGAUGCCAUUGAAAAAGAGGACUUUUUGACAUCAUUGAAAAAGAAGCACAGCAAGACGGGUGAAGAGUCACGAUACGCAGGCACAGUCCUGGGCAAGAACGGAGAAGAGCACCCGAUUGUCCUUGAGGGAGGACUGCCAAGCAUCCGUGAAUGGAGCGCUCAAGUUCGCGCAAAGGCUCCUACGAGCCCUGUUGUUAGCGAAACUUCUGGUGUUAGUAGUGCACCGAGCCAUCUUUCCGAUGACGAUCGAAUGGAGGGCUGA